UUCAGGUGCGGCGGUGGGACCGGGCCGCGGCCGGGCCGGGGCCGGGGCGACAUGGCCGAGUCCCAGCUGAGCUGCCUGGACGAGACGCACGUGAACGAGAGGGUGACCGAGGCGCAGGCCGCCUUCUACUACUGCGAGCGGCGGCGGGCCGCGCUGGAGGCGCUGCUGGGCGGCGGCGAGCAGGCCUACCGCGAGCGGGUCAAGAAGGAGCGGCUGCGGGACUUCCUCUCCAGCCAGGAGCGUCAGGCCCUCCGCGCCGCCUGGAGCCCCUACGAGGAUGUCGCCGCCGCCGCCGCCCGGGGCAAGAGUAAGGCCAAGGCCAAGGCCCCGGCGCAGGCCGCGGCCGAGUCCGGCGAGUCCCUGGCCUACUGGCCCGACCGCUCGGACACCGAGGUGCCCCCGCUGGACCUGGGCUGGACCGACGCGGGCUUCUACCGCGGCGUGAGCCGCGUCACCCUCUUCACCCACCCCCCCAAGGACGAGAAGGCGCCCCAUCUGAAGCAGCUGGUCAGGCAGAUGAUCCAACAGGCCCAGAAGGUCAUUGCUGUGGUUAUGGACCUCUUCACCGAUGGCGAGAUCUUCCAAGACAUUGUGGAUGCCGCCUCUAAGCGCCGGGUCCCAGUGUACAUCAUCCUGGACGAGGCGGGCGUGAGCUACUUCCUGGAGAUGUGUCAGGGCCUGGAGCUCCCUGACUUCCGUGUUCGGAAUAUCCGUGUCCGCUCUGUGACAGGUGUGGGCUUCUACAUGCCCAUGGGGAAGAUCAAGGGGACCCUGUCAUCAAAGUUCCUCAUGGUAGAUGGGGACAAAGUAGCCACUGGAUCCUUCAGCUUCACCUGGAGUUCCUCCCACGUGGACAGGAACCUCCUCCUCCUCCUGACGGGGCAGCAUGUGGAGCCCUUCGAUGUGGAGUUCCGGGAGCUGUAUGCCAUCUCCGAGGAGGUGAACUUGUACCAGCAGCUGGGCCUGGCAGGAGGCGCUGGCAGGCCUGGCCUCCACUACUCCUCCACCGUGGCGCGCAAGCUGAUCAACCCCAAGUAUGCCCUGGUGGCGGGCAGCCGCCCCCCGCCCGGGGAGAUGAUGCGCUGGGCCGCCCGGCAGCAGCAAGAGGCCAGCGGCCGCGCCGAGGGGCAGGAGGAGGGCAGCAAGGGCGAGUCGGCCCGGCGCCUGGAGAGCUUCCUGCAUGACCUGGCCACCCUGGAGCAGGUGCUGCCCCCCGUGGAGCCAGUUCCCCUGGGAGAACUGAGUCGGAGGGACGGCCGGGGGGCCUCCCACCCGCACACGGACCUGAAGUCCAGACCCCGAGAGGCCCUUGCCCGACACAGCAAGGGAGAAGCUGCCAAUGGGGAGGCCACCCUGGCCAAGGAGGGCAGGCGCUUCAGCAGCAGGAUCUUCAGCCGACGGUCCAAGAGGCCCGCAGCGCCCAAUGGCACGGCCAGCGCCCUCUCCCCCAAGGCCUUGGCUGAAGCGGAGUUUAUGACGGGGAAGAGGCCCAAUGAGGGCUCCAGUGCCGACAUCUCAGGUAAAGGCAGUCCCAGUCCUGCCAAGAAUAGCAACUGCGUGAUCUCCUGAGCCGCGGGCCAGCUAUCGGAGGACCUGUGGACGCCCCCGUCCUGUCCUUUGGAGACACAGCUCAAACCCUGUGCCAGUUUGCACAUCGGACCCUAUUGGCCUUCCACCCCAGCAGCCUCCAUCCUGGCCUCAGGGACCCUGUAUCCUGGAUGUGAGGAUCUGCAGCAUCUCAAGUCAACUGCAUGCCUCCACAAGGCUGUCGUGGCCAGGCCGGGCUUACCCCUUGUUUACAUGAAGUGGAAGCUUCACUAGUGUCUGCUCUCCUUGCCCUGCAGGCCCCCAGGUGGGGUGAGCCUACAUCUUUAUACCUGAAUGUGAUGGGGUCUCCGGGGCAGCUCCAGUCCCCUGGUCUCUCCUUCCCUGGGCUUCCUGGUGCUGCUGGUUCCCCAAGAGGUCUGGUGGAAUAGAAGGGACGAGGACAGGGCUCUGAGCCAGGAACCCGAGCUUCUUCUCACUUGAGCUUCUGAACUCGAGUUGGGAGAUUCAGUGAGGAUGGCUGGGGGCUGGGGACUGUGGCCUUCCUGGCCUGUCUCUGCAGGCUCCUACUCUAGACUCUGCGUGGAUUGAGGGCAAAAUUUGACCCUGACAUUUUGAGAACCCUGGUGCUGGGGUCUCCUUUCCCUCCCCAGCACCAUCCUGAAUGGUCCAGGUCUCCUUGGCUGCUGCAAGCCGAUUUGGUGGUUCCCCAAGUGCCUUUACCUGAGCCCCCCCACCCCCAGCCUUUUGUGCAUUGAUCUGCAGCUCCAAAGCAGGGAGACCCUGGCUGAUGCUCUGGUGGUGUGGGAGGCUGGGCCCCAUCUUCAGGAGUGUUUGCCUUCCCUCCACCCUAGGACCCAGGGCUGGCCCUCGGUCCCCCUUACCAGCCAGGAUGUGCAUGCCUUCUCUAGUUACACGUUGGCCAAAGACCAGCCUUGACCUCCUGCCAAAGCCAGACUGUACCGAGGCGCCUCAGCCUCCCUGGCUUCUAAGGGCCCGGGCCUAAAUGCCAUGAUGCCAGGCCAGGAAGACCAGCUAAAAAUUGCACACUGCCCCCUCUUCAUAUGUGUGACAGAGCAGAUCUGUGGAGAGAGCUGGUGAGUGGACAGAAGAGAAACUGCCGGACCACAGGGGCUGAGGCCGGCCCCCACUUCUGGCUGGGUUGCUGGGGGGCCUGGAGAGCCCAGGGCUACGGCAACUGCAAAAGCACCACGCUCAGCCUCUCCCAGCCUCCUACCUUCUGAGCCAAACUCUCGUCCUUGCCUCUUUCCUUCUGCAAAACCCUGGGCACCAGCAGCACCUUGGUGGGGGCCACAUGCUCAGGUGGUGCAAACACCUGCAUUUGCUGGCAGUGGGAGCAGGGGAGCCCCGAGCAUCCUCCGAGAGGAGCCUGGCCUCCCAGGUGGGCGGGAGGAGGGCAGGGGAAGGAAGGGAGGACCUGGUUCCCGAAGGGGGUAGGGGGCUGAGGGACCUGACCCACCCCCCACCCCAACUCCCUGAGCUUGUGUGAGGAUUAAACACU